GCUUUUCAACAUUUUGUGGUCAGAUCCGAUUGAAGACGGGGCCAAAGCAGACCCGAACACUUUCGGUGUACAUCCAUCUCCCCGCGGCGGCAUUACCGCCCAAUUUGCAUGGAACAUCACGAAGACUUUCUGUGCCAGAAACGGCCUCGGACUCAUCAUCCGCAGCCACCAAUCAAAAAAGGGAAGCCGUGGUUUCGAUGUGAUGCAUAGCAGCAUGUUGAUGCGCGUCUUCUCGGCAAGAGACUAUGAGGGACAUGGCAACGACGGAGCCGUGCUACUCAUCACAAAGGGCAAGGCAUCCGAGACCAAGGGCAAGGCAUCCGAUGAGAAGUCCGGCAAUGCCGAAGGCAAUGCCGAGGAGCUGCUGAUUGUGAGGCCCCAGGUGCUCAGGUCCGUCAAGAAGCAGCGGGUAGAGGCGAAAAAGCAUGCCAACGAGGGCGACUCAAGCGAGGAGUCGCUAAGGCCCAUGGGUAAGACUGCAAGCAAUUCAAGCAAGGGCGACCAAGGACAUUCCUCGAGAAGCUCAAGCACACCAAAGGGAGGUUCGGCAAAACGCCCAACCACACCCCGAAAUCGUGCCCAGUCCUCAUAG